UAGUUCUUUCACCGCUUCGGCAUAAAAGGCUAUGUUUGUAGUUGGACGAAGGUGUCCCUCUCUGUACGGAAGAUCAGUGGCAAAUCUCUUAUUGACGCCAAAAGGUAAAGUUGUUACGUACUUGUAUUAAAUUUAAUUUAGCCCUGGGAAUCCCCCUCGAGGCAGUAGUAGCAACGGGGGCGCUCAAGUACAUUGAUUCAAUUAUAGUUUACACAGUAUUCCGCCAUGGAACCACCGAAUAGAGGAGAAUAGAGAAAAAUAUAAAACUGCAUGCACUUUACCAUUACAGUGUGUUCAGGUACCAAAGAGAUAGUUGAUUUGUUUUUUGUCAUGUAAAUUCGCCCUCUUUAGAAAGGAGAGGGAACUAGGCCGAAAGACUUAUGGGACGGUUACUAAAGACAGCGAAAAAAAAUGACCAACAUACAAUCAGCACAUCCCCAGUAACGAUCCCGGAAACAAUUGAAGGGUCUCUUAGAAAAUGGGCGCUUUUGACUGUUUACUAUUAAAGUCUUCACAAGUGCCCCUUUUCUAGGAAACCCUUCAAUUGCAGGACGCCUUUUGGCCCUUGCUCCCUUCUUGUUUGUAAAAUGGCGAAUGUACAUGUACCAACCAUGGGCAGAUUUAGAGGUGGCAAGGUUACUGACGCCCAACCCAAGGCUGUGUCUGCAUUACUGUUCAGGUUUGAAAAAAAUCUAUGAAAGUCUGUCUACCAGGCCUCAGUUGUUCAAACGGUGUUUAGUGCUAUCCCCUAGAUAGGUCUCUAUCCAGUGGAUGAUGCAUUAUUGCUUUCCCGCAACUUGUCUGCUGGUGAUUUAUCCAGUGGCUAGAGCUAUUCAAAAUUUGAACAACUGAGCCAAUUGCUGUAGCAGCUCUACUGCCAAUAUUAGCCUCGGUUAUAGCUGAUUGGCAUAUUAUUAUUAACUGGUGAUGUAACAGAUCUCCGUGUCUUAUUGCUUAUUUUUCUGUUAUUUUCUAACUGGUCCAAUCAGAGAUUUGAUAUUGCCAUGUGGCUGUUCACUUUACCUUAAAUCAGGUCUCUAGCCUACAUGUAGCUGUACCCUCACCUUCCCACCCCCUAAGAGAAAAUGAGGGAUUUUCCCUCCCUUCAAUUUUUGCAGGACUCUGACAAUGACCGGGUAUGUUGGCAGUGACUUUCAUGAGAGAAGAAGUGAGAACUCAACCCUGUGUAGGCAUAAGAGGUUUGAGCUCCUUUGGAGAGGCUACAAAAAUUUCGGGUUAUUAUAAAGAUCUCUAUGUAUUUUCAGGCUUGUUAAAAAUGCAGUUCUUUGGAGACAUGUCAGAUCAGUCAUUCUGGAACAAUUUUUAUACAAGUCGUCAAGGCAACAAACACUUUGAUUGGUUUGUGCAUUUUGAAGACGUCAGUGGAUACCUUGUCCCCUACCUACCGUCUCUUGGGAACAAUUGCCCUAUUCCGAGAAUCAUUGACAUUGGCUGUGGUACAUCAGAUUUCAGCUUGAAGCUUUUUGAUCACUUGAAAAGGAAAUGCCACAUAGAUCUAGUUGACUUUUCACCUGAGGCAAUUAAAAUCAUGCAGAAAAUUCUCCUUGAACAAGGUCUUCUCAAGAAAAGUGUCAAUCCAGAAGACUUUCCAGGCAUUGCAUGCCACCGAGCUGAUGCUAAGAAUUUACCAUUUAAAGAACAUACGUUCUCGCUCGCUCUUGAUAAGGGAACUUCAGAUGCGGUGUUGAAGGGAACUGAAGGAGAAACAGCCUUUGUGGAUGUGGUUCAAGAAUCAUUGCGUGUGUUAAAACCCAGUGGAAAGCUAAUUCAAUUUUCUGAUGAGCCUCCUGAAAUGCGACUCAGCCUCUUAGAAAAAGUCAAACAAGAGGUGAUGCACACAAACUUUAAGACAAAGAAUUGUAACCUACGUUUUAUAUGGCGAGAAUUAGAAAUUAACUCUGGUUUUCAGCAUUUUAUGUAUGUUGUCCACAAAGAAAACUGCUGAAUUAAAACUUCUGCUUUUAUCAUGCUUAUUUGGAGGGAGAGACU